CGCGCGACAGGCCCCCCAGACGUGCGCGUGCGUGCGUGUUCGCGGGUGUUAACCCUUCGUUCCCGCCCUUCUCCUCGCGCUGAGGGCGGGCGAGCCGGAGGGGAGAGACGCGGCCUUGCUGCCUCCCCCGCCCGCCCCUCGCCUCCUCCUCCGGCGGAGGAAGGCCGGGCCGAGCUGGGCGGGAAGCAUGGCGGAGUCCGGCGGGGCCGAAGGUUUCGCCGCCGAGCGGCCUCCCCCGUCCAGCCGGGCCGCCGCCAGCAGCGGCAGCAGCAGCAGCGGCGCCAGGAGCAGCAUGGCCGACAAGAACAGCACCUUGAAAUGCACUUUCUCUGCCCCAGGCCACAGCGCUUCACUCCUGCAUGGCUUGGCCUCCCUCCGGGCUCAGGCCCAGCUGCUCGACGUCAUCCUCACCAUCAACAACGAGGUGUUUCAGGUUCACAAAGUUGUUCUGGCUGCGUGCAGCGAUUACUUCAGGGCCAUGUUUACUGGUGGGAUGAGGGAAGCCAGCCAAGACGUGAUUGAGCUCAAAGGCGUCUCCGCCAAGGGUUUGAAGCACAUCAUAGAGUUUGCAUACAGUGCCGAAGUGACCCUUGACCUCGACUGCAUCCAGGACGUGCUUGGGGCGGCCGUCUUCCUGCAGAUGGUGCCGGUGGUGGAGCUGUGCGAGGAGUUCCUCAAGUCCGCCAUGAGCGUUGAGACUUGCCUCAACAUCGGGCAGAUGGCCACCACGUUCAGCCUGGCCUCCUUGAAGGAGUCAGUGGACACUUUCACCUUCCGGCACUUCCUGCAGAUUUCCGAGGAAGAGGACUUUCUCCACCUGUCCUUGGAACGCCUCGUCUUCUUCCUCCAGAGCAACAGGCUCAAGAGCUGCAGCGAGAUCGACCUCUUCCGGGCUGCCAUCCGCUGGCUGCAGUACGACCCAGCACGCCGCAGCAAUGCCAGCCAGGUCCUCUGCCACAUCCGCUUCCCGCUCAUGAAAUCCUCCGAGCUGGUCGACAACGUCCAGACCUUGGACAUCAUGGUGGAGGACGUUUUGUGCCGGCAGUACCUCUUGGAAGCCUUCAACUACCAGAUCUUGCCUUUCCGGCAGCACGAGAUGCAGUCGCCCCGAACCGCCAUCCGCUCGGACGUUCUUUCCCUUAUCACGUUCGGCGGCACCCCGUACACGGACAAUGACAGGACCGUGAGCGGCAAAGCCUACUACCUGCCAGACAGCAGCAUGCGGCAGUUCAAGGAGCUGACGGAAAUGGAGGUUGGGAGCAGCCACACAUGCGUGGCCGUGCUGGACAACUUUGUCUACGUCGUUGGGGGGCAGCACCUUCAGUACCGCAGCGGCGAGGGGGCGGUCGAUGUCUGCUACCGUUACGACCCACACUUGAACCAGUGGCUGCGCAUUCAGGCCAUGCUGGAGAGCAGGAUCCAGUUCCAGCUGAACGUCUUGCAUGGCAUGGUCUACGCCACGGGGGGGAGGAACCGCUCCGGCAGCUUGGCAUCCGUGGAGAAGUACUGCCCCAAAACCAAUGAGUGGAGCUACGUUUGCUCCCUCAAGCGCAGGACGUGGGGUCAUGCUGGGGCCACGGUGGGAGGCAAGCUGUAUAUAUCGGGGGGGUAUGGGAUAUCGGUCGAAGACAAAAAGGCUUUGCAUUGCUAUGAUCCUGUUGUGGACCAGUGGGAGUUCAAGGCCCCCAUGAACGAGCCCCGGGUCCUGCAUGCAAUGGUCAGUGCCAAUAACAGGAUAUAUGCCCUGGGAGGCCGCAUGGACCACGUUGACCGCUGCUUCGAUGUCCUGGCGGUGGAGUAUUAUGUCCCAGAAACCAACCAGUGGACGACGGUCAGCCCCAUGCGGGCGGGACAAUCCGAGGCCGGCUGUUGCUUGCUAGAGCAGAAGAUCUACAUCGUAGGGGGUUACAACUGGCACCUGAACAACGUCACUAGCAUCGUGCAGGUGUACAACACCGAGACGGACAAGUGGGAGAGAGACCUGCAUUUCCCGGAAUCCUUUGCCGGCGUUGCUUGCGUGCCGGUCAUUCUCCCGCAGACCACGGCCCGGAGGUGACCGUUCUUGAAAGCUCUUUGGGAACGUUGCAUGCCGUCAGAGUAGCAUAUUCUCCCCUGCCUUGUUAUGCAAAAUAAAACGUUUGCUUUUCUUUGCCUGCGUCAGGCAAGCAAGUCCCUUCUGCCUGA